AUGGGAUUUCCUACCGAAGAAGUGAUUUGCCGUCGAGAUUUGGCAGAUUCCGGGAUCAACACAAUCGUCAUCGCGGGGGUCGUGGUCGUUUUGUCAUCGUUGAUUCUGCUCGUUGUUAACAUCCUGUUGUAUAUGUUCACUAAGAAGAAGGUACGACAAAUUGUCAAUUCUAACAGACUUUAGAUUGCGGCUCAAUCAGCGAAUGUUGUUGAGCAGAUCCAUAUGAUUAUGGAUUCUGUGAUGGUUUGUAUGCUCCCAAGAUCUUUAAUGGGCAAACUUCGUGGAGAGAAAGAAGGAGAGAAACAAUCCACCGGCAACGAUAAGAAGAACAACAAUAAGCCCUCGAAAAAGAAAAUUUAA